UCAGACUGAUCAUCAUCUCCUGGAGCUGAAGCUGCAGCCAUGAUCGUCCGUCCUCGUUCUCUCCUCCUGGGUCUGCUGGUCAUCCUCUACCUUCAGUCCGGUGCAGUGGGACAGAAUGAUAAUGCACCAAAGGAAUGCUGUUUCAGUUUCUAUACCAGACCAAUCCCUGUAGCUGACAUUACUCAGUAUGAAGAAACUAGACGUGACUGUCCAAGAGCUGGAGUGAUUUUAACCAACAAGAGGGGUGUUCGUGUGUGUGCGGACCCCGGUAUUGGGUGGGUGAAGCGAGCCAAGGACAUAAUCAAUCGUCGAUUUUUGGAAGGUUCAUCCUGAACUCAGUCGAUUGAUUAAAUCUUCUCUCUAUUAAUGGGAAACUAACUCCUUUUAAUAUUCCAGCUCUUUAUUACUACAGCAGUGUACUCGUCUCUGAUUGGGUGAAGGAAUAAAGCUUUUCUGUUUUUUAUUAAGUUAUCUUUGAACAUUAAGUACAGACUGGAGGAAUGUGGUGUAGAUCAGAAUAUAAUACAUGAAUCAAAUGUAUUCAGUGUUUUACAUCAGCACGAUUUCCUUUCACACUUUAAAUGCACAGAAAACAUUUACAGAUAUUUGUAUUGGAGUCUGUAAUCUGUGGCUGCACAAAUGUAAUAAUGUUUAUAUAAUGAUUCAAAUAUUAUAAACUCUACACCAACUUUUAACUUUAGAUAUUUUGGGAUUGAGGGUUUAUUAAUGAAGUCAUAUACUGUAAUUCUCUAUUUAGACUAAUAUAAUCAAGUUAUUUACCUUCAGAUCUGAAUAUCAUUUUUAAAGAUGCAGCAUUUCUGAUGUUCAUUUUAUCAGAAUUUCAUUCUUGAUGUUCUACAGACUUUCAGUUACUUUAGGAUCUGCAUUCAUCACGUUCAUCAAUGUUCAUCAUUCUGGACGCGUCUAACUUUUCACCAUUUUUAUUUGCAGCUUCUGUUUGAUGAUUUGGAGUCUAAAAUCGUGAAAUCAAUCAAUUUUCUUAAUGAUUAUGUGAAAGUUUCUGUUUUGUCACUUUUUUCUGUAAUAAACUAGUAAAUAUGUUAAA